UCGCAAGGUUGCCCCCGUUUUGGGUCCGGUGGAGAGAAUGUUGACACAAUGACAGACUUUGAAAAGACCCUCCGUCGGGACAUGAUUUCUCAGCUGCAUAAUUUUGCUGCUGUUGGAGAUGCAGCCAAACUGAAAGCAUUGCUCAGUCGUUCUCCGUCACUUAUCAAUGCAGCUGCAGAUAACGGCUGGACAGCCCUGAUGUAUGGUGCCAGAAAUGGACACCUUGAUGUUGUGCAGAUUCUUCUUGAAGAAGGGUGUGACAGGUCCAUCAUUAAUAAAUCAAGGCAGACAGCUCUGGACAUUGCUAAGUUUUGGGGGUACAAUCACAUAGCUAAUUUGUUGGCUAAUGUGAAAGGUGGGCAGAGGCCUAAUUUUCUGUCAAAUGAAGUGAAAGAAUAUGAAAAUUAUUUUGGCUUGACACUUCUGGACAGAAGGAGUGAUAAAAGAACAGAUUCCAAGUGGCUAAGCAAAAAACAAAGCCAUCCAACUACAGUAUACAUCCUCUUCUCAAAUCUAAGUCCUUUGGUUACUUUGGGUGGGGGAAUAGAGAGCUCCCAGCAGCCAGAAGUAAAGCUUUGCAGGCUGUACCACAAGGAUGUGGAGCAGUGCAUGAAGCAAACUGAAGAAGGCACCUUGAUUUUUCUUGGAGUUGAACUUCAGUUCCACAUGAAGCUGCUGGCUGCUUGCAAUGGAAGAGCUCUGCAAGAAGAUGAAGAGGAUGGGUUAGUUGCUUGGUUUGCUCUUAGUGUAGAUUCUGCUUCUGCUGAGAAACUUAAACAGGAGCAUGAGGACUGUUACUUUCUUCACCCACCAAUGCCAGCACUACUGCAGCUACCUGAAAAAGAAGCUGGAGUAGUAGCCCAGGCUAGAUCUGUUCUAGCAUGGCACAACCGCUACCGAUUCUGCCCAACAUGUGGGAGUGCAACCAAGAUUGAAGAAGGGGGUUACAAGAAAACUUGCUUAAAAGAAGAUUGUCCCAGCCUCCAAGGUGUUCACAACACAUCAUAUCCAAGAGUUGAUCCCGUUGUGAUAAUGCAAGUCAUCCAUCCAGAUGGAAACCACUGCCUUUUAGGUAGACAGAAGAGGUUUCCCCCAGGAAUGUUUACUUGUCUUGCUGGAUUUGUAGAACCUGGUGAAACAAUAGAAGAUGCUGUUCGAAGAGAAGUAGAAGAGGAGGCUGGAGUCAAAGUUGGCCAUGUUCAGUAUGUCUCUUGUCAGCCAUGGCCGAUGCCCUCCUCCCUAAUGAUUGGCUGCUUAGCUGUUGCAGUGUCUACAGAAAUUAAAGUUGACAAGAAUGAAAUAGAGGAUGCCCGCUGGUUCACUAGAGAACAGGUUUUUUCAGAUCUGAGUUAGAGCUGAACAACAACCCAGUGAUUAUCCCAAACAAGCAAGCAACAAGCAGUGCAUAUCAAACUUUAAAGCAAGAAGCAUUUCUGACAGACUUGGAACAGUGGACAAAUCAUUACAUUGCUUCAUUCUCUCCCUUGUUUCAGCUAUACCUACAAAUGAAGAAAAUCAGGUUAUCUGUUGAGCCAUCUGGAAAUGAGAAGGAAGCAAUACACUGCUUCCCUUAAAAAUUGCUUCUGCAGAGAAGCGAGAGGUAUGAAAAGCUGUCAUGGACUACAGCUACCAGCAGGAUCACAUGUUGUCAGUGGUAUUAAUCUUUAAAAAAAUACUGUGGGACAGAAGGAAGCCUAGUUGCAGGUUGUUUAUACAAGUAAAGGAGAACAUCGGACAGUAUGCGAACAGUGGUGGAAGCUAAGCAAUGGAAGGAAUUUUUAACUAGUCAUAUGAUGAUUACACAUUAAGAAAGAUGAAUAUGGAAGGAAUGAGGAGCAGUUGGAAGAGAGAGGAUAAAGCAAAGAACAAAUAUAGGUAGCAUAAAGAUAAAUAAUUUAUCACAUUAAGGUAACUAAAAAUACAUGUAUAAGACCCCCCCAAUACUAGUUUUUCAUGUAGGAAAUUAUGGUGGGUUGCUAUAGAGAUGGGUUUGUAACUGUGAAACUCAGGAGAAAGUAUCCAUAACCAAUACUGAUAUCAAGAAUCAGACUAUUUUUUUAAUUGAAAAUCUGUAUAAACAAUAUAUAUCUGCAAUUACAAUGCUAAUAAAUAAUUUGAAAAAUUUCAUUUUACUGCAUGAAAAAAGCAGAAAAAGGAUAGUUUCAAAAAUAAAACACUUCAAUAAUCUCUGAGUUUGAGAGUAAUAUUUUAAUGAUCUUUCAGUUCUAGUAACUUCUGGUGUUGCAGCAAAUUUUAAUAUAAAUACAUUUUCAAAAGCUAAACCCAACAGUCCUUUUUAAGCUUUCUUUUCUUUUUUCCCUCCCCAACAGAUGAACCAUUCACAGAGAAGAUGAUAAACACCCCUUGUUUAAGAAAACUAAUUUCAUAAUUUUAAUCUCUUAUUUAAAGUGAAACUUUUCCUGGCUUUUUAUUGCUUAAUUUGACCUUUGUUUGUAGGUCACAGAAUUGAGUUUUGGUUUGAAAAUACCUAUGCAUAGAAAUUUUCUGAAGGAUAGUUAUUGUUUGCAGAUUACAUAUAAAAUAUCUCAUUGAAGAGCCAAAUGCUGUAUUUAUUUAGCAACUAAGGCAAUUUAGAAAAAUGCCAAAUUAAAUUUAGCAACAAUUAAACAGUGUAGUGAUUCUGACUGGAAUAUGGUCAGGGCAACACUUCCAUAAGAUUUGGGUCUUAUCCAAAAGACUGCAGCUUUGCAAGCAGGUUAUUUCUUGCCACUAAGUUAAUGCAGUACAUUAAGAAAAUGGUAUUCCUUAAACCACUAAAAAUAGGGGGGUUGUUCACACUGUGUAAUAAUGAUCUCUCACUCUCUUCUCCAUUGCUUCUACAAUGGUACCAGAACAAAAAGAGUACUCAUUACACGUAGAUGUGCAAGGCAGAAAAUUCUGGAGAUGCCUUUUCUCCCAAUUUGCCUGUACACUAAUGAGAAUUAACUUCUAUUCAGUAUAUAAUUUGUAGAUAUUCUGUAUUUUAUCUGUUUUUUAAAUUAUAAUAAUUUACAAAUAAUAGA